AUGGAUACUUCACAAAAUCUCGCUCCUGAUGCAUCACAAUUCAAAAUCGCCGUUGUAGGCGGCGGUCUUGGCGGAUUAACACUUGCAUCCGUCUUACAACAUGCCUACAAGAUCAAGUGCACCGUCUUUGAGCUCGAUGACACCGUAGACAGCCGUAGUCAAGGUGGAAGUCUAGAUCUUCAUUUUGACUCUGGUCAACUUGCUCUCAAAAAAGCUGGAUUAUUGGAUCAGUUCCGAAAGCAUGCCAGAUACCAAGGACAAGAUACUGAUCGCAAACUCCUACGACAAAUACUUAUUGAUUCUCUGAAUGACGGUACAAUUCAAUGGGGAAAAAAGGUGAACAAAGUCGAGGAAGUCUCAAAGAACCAGGAUAAGAAUAGUCGUCGCCACACACUCACUUUUCAAGACGGCCAAACUGAAACUUUUGAUCUGGUUGUUGGAGCCGACGGUGCAUGGUCCAAAAUUCGCAAAUUUGUAUCUGAAGCAACUCCAUUUUACACGGGCAUUUUCUUCGCCGAAGUUUGCUUGUCUAAUGCGGACGUCAAUCAUCCAACAGCUUCGAAAUUGGUUGGUAAUGGCACAUAUAUGGCACUUCAAGAUAACAAAGGAUUACUGUGCCAGAGAAACGGUGAUGGAUCUAUUCGUGGGUACAUCAUGAUACGUAUAGAAGAGAACGGCGUUUCUCAUCUUGAUUUUUCCAAUCCUGAAAUUCCACGAAAUUAUUUCUUGGAACGACUUAGUGACUGGGAUGAUUCAGUCAAGGUGUUCAUCAAAGAAGCCACCUACUUCAUACCGCGUGGUUGCUAUAUGCUUCCAACUGAUCACACAUGGAAAUCGCACCCUGGAGUGACGUUGAUCGGCGACGCUGCUCACUUAAUGUCACCAUUUGCUGGUGAAGGUGCGAAUAUGGCGAUGCUCGAUGGUGCCAACCUGGCAGCAGCUAUAUCUGAGAUAGUGCAUGAUGGCAAGGAUCUUGCGACUACUAUCGAAAAUUUCGAAAGAGAAAUGCAUAACAUUGUCACGGGUCCGGCCAUUGAAAGCGCAGAAAAUAUAGAUAUGUUUAUGUCUGACGAUGCUCCUCAAGGAGUUGUGGACUUCUUUACAAUGGCUUACGGCGGUGGCGCUAUCCCACAAUAA